UCUCAAUCUAGUCACGUGCUGGAAUGAAUUCACCUGGAACUUGUAGCAGACUUGAACUGUCGCAUGUAUUACAGUUGAUUCGAGAUCAAAGAAGACUAAAGAAUAAGCUAAGAAAAGAUCUUCACACAGAUGAAUUUGACCAAGUGAAAUCUGACCAGCUGAGAUAUUUCGCUUCCCUCUUUGGACAGUUUUAUCUAUCAGGGGGAGACAACGUUCGAGAUGAUCUACUGUUCUUUGUAAAGGCUCCUGAAAGUCUCAGUGUUGAUGAUAAACCAAAUCUUUCUAAAUCGGAUGGGCACAGGUUGAUUGUAUUAAGAAAAGACUCCCCUCAGAUACCCAGUGUGGAAGACCAGAGUAUUAACUGGGAGGAAACUCUUUAUCUCAACAUUGUUCUGCAGCAGUUUCAGUAUUAUCUUUCUUGUGCAAUUGCUGUAAAGCAAGAUGGUCAUCCUCUGCAGAUAGAAAGGAAGCUUAGCCAUUAUGUUUAUGCUUCACCUAGCCACCAAAGAAUGGACAAGAAGGGUCGGGAAGCAACUCUGACGUAUCCAUAUGUCUUUUUUACAGUAGAUAAUUUUGAGAAAGUGUUUGAAACAAUGGUUGUCAGAGAAGGUCAAAGCGUUGUAGUAGAACUGCUUGCAGUGAGCCACAAUGUCCAGAGUGGGUGUAAUCAUUCUGCAAUUGUUUUUCUUGGGUCUGUAAAGUAUGAUGUCCUUCUGAAAGUUUACAAAUCAAAGAUGCCGUCUUCAUCUAAAGUAGUGGAAAGAAUGUCGCUUGGUUUUUGGAAAAGUAGAGAUCAUGUUCACUUUCUACGAAUGCGUGGACCAGGAGGGAAGGGUCAUGCAGAAAUUGCCGUUAGUCAGUAUCAGCAGAAACAGGAAGAGAGUGGAGAGUUUGAAUUUCUUGGGAUCUCAGAUAAUGGCACACGUACUGGCACUGGUGAUGAUGGUGAUAGAGCAAGGGGUUUGACAUCAGAUGCCAAGGAUGGAAAGAGUGAUAAGGAAGAUGAUUCUGGCAAUGGCCAUUCAGCUGGCUCAGAUGCUGAGGCAUCAGCUCACCUACCGACUACUGGUCAGAAGGGAUUGUGGAAUCCAUUCAGUACAGCUGUAGGAUGGUGGAGAUCAAGACAGGCUAGUGCACCUUCUUUGAACUCUUUCUUGACAUAUAUUCAGUUGCCAUGGGAAACAGUAAUACAAGAUCUAUUAGAUGGUAAUCAAGAUCCAGUAUUACUGUCAACCCAUCUAGUUGAAAAUCAUUCGUAACUGUCACAAGGUUUCUAGUUUAGAGUUAUGAUGAAUUGUUGUCCUAGGUAGUUAAUUUAUUCUCUAUAGCAUUGAAUAUGAAUUUAUAUCAAACCAGUGAACUGUGGAAAUAUAACUACUUGCAAAUCACUGUCAUGACAUUUUGGAGCACUGUCAAUGGUCUAGAUUUAGCACCUGACCAUGCCCAUGACAUCUAAAAGAAAAGUUAUCUGCACUAGAGCAGGAACGACCUUAAUUAAUUAAGGCUGUUUUUAAUCUCAAUUGAAAGUUAACAAGGCACCAGUGCAAGAAGUAAAUUAGCCUUCACCUGAUGUAAUUCGGGUCUUUCUCUCCAUCCCAGUCUCAUAAUAGUACACUACAAUAUGAGCCAUA